AUGUCGAAGUCACAAUACAUCGACAAGCGAGAGGCAGCGAAGUCAUAUCGACCCACCUCGGGUUCAAUGUCUCCCGGCCUCCGCCGUGCUCGCGAGCCCUACCGCGUGAAGAACGCCCUCCUCGGGCUCACACUCGGAGCAUUCGCGGUGGGAGUCUGGGCAUACUCGAUCAGCGCUGUCAAGCAGGACGUGUUCGACGAUGUGGAUGCCGAAGCGGAGGCACUUGGUUCGACGGUGACCAGCUCAAGCUCAGAGACGGGCCUUGUGCCUGCUGGAACUGAGAAGGUGGUCGAGGCGCCUGUGAAGACGAGUAUGGAGAUCAAGGCCUCGCAGCCGCCAGUUGUGGUGAAGGAGGAGGCGCCUACGGUCCCAAAAGUGGUGAAGGCACUGGCGGGUUCACCGAGGGGGGUGCUACCACGUUUUGUGGACUAUCAACUACCCUGGCUCCUCGAUCCGGAGACAAAAACACUCGUCUGGGGUGCGCCGUCUGUCGAUAAUAUCGGGAAGCUUCAGAGACGGUCAUAA